AUGGGCAGCUGGUCACUUGCCUCGUUCCCCCCAAAGCGUCAUCCCACUAGUUCUUUGCAUGAUGUUUUCAGAGACAUUGAAAUUGGAUUGCAUCCCCAUGUUCUUUCUCUACAACUGACCAUAGCACAGAUCCAACAGCAAGACGGCGAACUCUCCGCCGCCGAAACUCAACUGCUCGAAGCCUCAUGUAUGGGCGACGAAACACGCAAGGCCCUCGAGGCAGCUCAAAAGGGACAGCAGGACACGGUCGAAAAGCUUGCCAGAGAGCGAGUCACAUACAGCAACGCCCGCAAGGAGCUGGGCACCCUGCGCAAUACGCUUAACUCGACGCUCGCCGAACUUGCCAGCACGCACAAGACAAUCGAAUCGCAGGCCACUGGCCUCACAACCCUCCAAGUCGAAUUGCACCGCCUGCAAACCUGCCUCGACACCUCCGAAGAACAGCGCAAGCAAGAAGCCCUCAUGCACCAAGCCUGGGUCCGCCACUCCCUCUCCACCAGCUCCGCCACCAUGGCCAAGAUGCGCAAUCUCCAGGACCAAGUCACCUCGAUGCGCGAGCGCUGCGAAGUCUGGUACAGCAUGUACAGAUCCACGCACGCCCCCAUGGAGGGUCAAAUCGCAGACAUGUCAUCCGCUAUGAACCAAGCCCACGCCAAGACCCGUGAGCUCAACUCGCUCAACGAGGACCUGAAGCGCGAGGUUACAAAGCUUCAAGCUAAGCUUAUGAGCAUGGAAGAUGAUAAUGCAUUGCUAAGGGAUGAGAAGUGGUGGCUUGAGGGCGAGUUUCAGAAGCUGAAUAUUGAACUUGCGGAGUGCAAGGAGAGUAAUCGUAAACUGGUGGUUAAGUGGUGGAAGGCGAGUACUAUGAGGGAUGAUUGUGUUGAGAAGGAGGAGAAGGAUAAGGAGACUGAGGAGGCUAUUAUGGCUAUGGUUGAUUCGAGGUUGGAUACUACGGUUGAGAUGGAGUGGGAUUUGGGGACUGUGGUGGGGGAUCAGGGGCAGCAGGCGGAGGUCGAGAGUGAUGAUGACGACUAUGAGGAGUAUGAUGAUAUGGAGAGUUCAGAGGGUGAUGAGAAGUCUGACGACGAUGAGGACAAGGUGGAGAGUCUAGAUGGCAGUGAGAAGUCCGAGGCGCCCAGUCCUACCCCUGUGGUGCAGCUUUACUGGGAGACAAACAUACAUGGCGAUGGCGACGAGAACGAGAACGAUGAGGAUGAGUACGAGUACGAGUAUGUGGAUAGCACUAUGUGA